AUGGAGACUGGAAAUUUCAGUAUUAACGCGGAAGAUCUGUCAACGAUCGGCGGCAUUGCCACCGUGUCCUUGCUCCACUCGUUCAUUCCGACGCACUGGCUGCCGUUCUCCAUUGUGGGCCGAGCUCAGAAAUGGACGCUCUCUCGUACUCUCCUCGUUACUGCAUUUGGGGCGGUUUUGCAUGUGCUCUCCACUUCACUGCUUGGCAUAACAGCAAUCACCAUAACAAACACUAUAGCAGGGGAGGAAACUGUUCACAAACUUGCAUCUUUGUUGCUCAUUGUUCUUGGUGGAAGUUACGUGAUUUUAUAUCUGAAAGGUAAGGGUGGCCACUGCCAUUCUCACAAUCAACCCAUGGAGAAAAUGGCCGUUGCCGGUCUUGUUCUUGUCCCGGCCUUGUCUCCUUGUGCAACCACUCUCCCAGUAUUUCUCGCUGUUGGAAACUCGUCAUCUAUGAUGGUUCUUGCCAUUAUAGUAUUAUUAUUCAGCACAAUCACUGUAAUGACGUCCUUGGUGGCCCUGUCGUUCUACGGGGCGAGCCAGCUCAAGUUCCAUUGGGUCGAACGUUAUGACAAGCUUCUUGUGGGAUCAGUACUAUGUUUAGUUGGAGUUCUGACCCUUAUUUUUCACGAUCAUGAUGGGGAUGUGAGUUCAUCUGGUGAGCAUCUGCAUAGAAAGAUUAUUUCUCUAUAA